UGUACAUAUGCAUGCUCUACCGAGAUGUAUCUAUAUCUUUUCUUGCUGCGAGGAUUAAAAGCCCGUAAAGCAUGAUAGGAACUGAAUGCAGAUAAGAUAUAAUUACAGUUUUAAUGUGAUAAAUGUUUACGGUGUGUAACACAAUGCACAGUCGAUGAAGUUUUUUCCAGUAAAUGCAUUCGUGCAGUCAUACAUGUGUGACCACGUAAGGAAACGUCUAUGACUAAGGUUAUGGCAUAACCGGAUAACCAAAUCGCCGAAGUUUCUCAUUUCGCUAAAAAUAUGGGAAACUUUAUGGGUGACAUCGUGAUCUGCUUGCUGCUACUACUUUCAGUCAGUAUCGUAUUUGGAAUCAGCGAAAUCAUCAAAUCGUUGACAAAUAAUGGAGAAGAUAUUCUUAAGACAUCUACAUAUAAUUGGAUCAUUCGAUUAUGUUUAAAUCUAUUGGGAUACGCCACUAUAUUGCUGCCAGGUUGCCUUAUAUACAAAUAUGUACGCUAUACAAAAUAUAUUCAAAGAAGUGGAAAAGGCUGCAUUCCUAGAUUGGUACAUUCAUGUUUUGUGGGACAUUGUGAAACAGGACUCUUGGACUCACCUCCGUAUACUUCCAAUGCUUCCACACAACGUACCCAACGUACUUUUACUCAAGAUGCUCUACUCUUGAUGUAUUGUUUCUUUGGCCUGCAAAUCAGCUAUCUAACAUGGGGCUACUUGCAGGAAAAGAUAAUGACACAGGAAUAUGAAGAUGCUUCUGGCAAUAAAGCGCGAUUUCAAGAUUCCCAAUUCUUGGUAUUUGUAAAUCGUAUUCUUGCCUUUGCAAUGUCAGGAUUAUAUUUACUUAUUCAACGUCAGCCACAGCAUAAGACGCCAUUGUAUAAAUACGCGUUUUGUUCUUUGUCAAAUAUCAUGAGCAGUUGGUGUCAAUACGAAGCUCUGAAGUAUGUCAGUUUUCCAUCACAGGUUUUGGCCAAAGCCUCAAAAAUUAUUCCUGUUAUGAUAAUGGGAAAAAUAAUUUCACAUACAACAUAUGAAUAUUAUGAGUAUGUUACCGCGAUUCUUAUUUCCAUUGGAAUGACUCUUUUUAUGUUAGACAGUUCUGAUCAUAAAAAUGAUGGAGCUACAACACUCUCCGGUGUCAUAUUAUUGGGAGGCUACUUAUUAUUAGAUAGUUUUACGAGUACCUGGCAAAAUGCACUUUUUAUAGACUAUGGUGUAACGAGCGUACAAAUGAUGUGCGUAGUUAAUAUGUUUUCCUGUCUGUUGACUGCAAUGUCUCUGUUUCAGCAAUCGAGCUUUCCGCUAAUAUUUUCUUUCAUGACAACGUACCCUAGGUUUGUAAUCGAUUGCUUGCUGAUAUCAAUUUGUUCAGCAACGGGUCAAUUGUAUAUUUUUUACACCAUUUCAAAAUUUGGAUCGAUUACAUUCGUAAUUAUGAUGACUAUUCGUCAGGGUUUGGCGAUAUUAUUGUCUUGCUUGAUUUAUCAUCACGAGAUUACCGUUAUCGGAGUAUUCGGUAUACUGUUGGUAUUCGGCUCAGUAUUUUUACGAAUUUAUUGCAACAAUCGAUUACGCGCAAUCAGAAGACGGAGAGCCACAGCGAAUAGCAUAAAACAUUAAGAGUUGUAUUACUUAGGCAGGGAAUUGCAAUUGUAAUUGUCAUAAAAGUAGAUUUCCAUCAAUUGUUCAUUGUAAUUGCUGUAGGAUAGAAUUCUGUCAUAAUUAAGUAUGUGUCAUUGCAAGCAUUAAGUUCAGAAUUCUAUCCUGUGUUGGUAUAAUCAACUCUUCGAGGUCAUAGUCUCUGUAUAUUAUGUAUCGUAAAUCUGUAAUAGUUUUGAUAGCUUUUGAUCAUACAGAUUUUGAGAAAUAUAUUUAUUAUAAGAUUCGUAGUUAUAUGUUGCAUAUGCAUGCAAUGUAUUUUAAAAAACAAGUAUGGAAGCAUGAUCUGAAAGAACAAUGUUGGUAUUAUGUAAGUGAGUACUAUGUCACUGUAUUAUUUAUUUAAAAAAUAUUUAUUUUGAUAUAAAUACAUAUACAAACAAAUAUGUA